AUGGACCCUUUGGACAGAGCUCAGGUACUCCUCCUCUGUGACCUGUGUCAAAGAGCUGCACUACAGAGUCAUUGUGAACUUUGUCAGAUUAACCUGUGUAAGGUCUGUGUAGGAGAGCAUCUCUCUGAUUUAUCUAAAAGACACAAUGUUGUACCAUACAAUCACAGAAAAUCUACUCCUAACGUGAACUACCCAAAAUGUCCAAACCACACCCAGAAACAUUGUGAACUUUACUGUGAGAAAUGUGACAUUCCUGUCUGUUCUUCCUGCAUCUCCUCUGAUAAACAUCAUGGACAUAAAUUAAUAGAUAUCUUACAGAAUCCCAGCUUCAUUAAAGAAAUAUUAAACAAUGACUUGACAGAACUUGAAAAAAGAAAACUUCCAACAUAUGAUGAAAUUACAUCAGAUUUAUACUGGGAAAAACUAAACUUGGAAAAACAUUAUGAGAAACUGACAACAGCUGUCACCAAACAAGGAGAAGACUGGCACAGAGAAAUUAACAUCAUUGUCAACAAACAGAAAUCUGAAAUUGAUGAGAUGAAAACUAAACAUCUGGCUGCUCUAAAGAAACAGGAAAAAGAAAUCAAACAGAUUACUUCUGAUGUAACACAGUGUAUAUUUGAUCUGAAGAAAAUACUGGACUCCAAUGAUGUCUCCUUAACCUCUGCCUAUACUUCAAGGAUUGCUGAAUUCAGAAGAUUACCUCCUAAAGUCAAUGUUUCAUUUCCAAGUUUCUCCCCUCAUCAGAUCAACAAAGAACAGCUCUAUCAAAUGUUUGGUUCUCUGUCAUCAUUAUCAAUUACAACAGAAGAAGCUGGCUACACAAUGAAGACACCAGAAUCUGUAUCCUGUCCUCCAGCCAAACCACUACUAGAUGAGCCAGAACUCAUAACCACCAUAGACACUAGGUAUAGAUAUCUAAUCAGUGUUACCUGUCUCAGUGAUGAAGAAAUCUGGACAAAUGGAAGUGACAAAGUCAUGAAACUCUACAACCUCCAGGGCAAACUAUUGAAGUCAAUCCAAACAAAGUCUGGGAAAACACCACGUGACUUAGCAGUGACAAAGAGAGGAGAUCUAGUUUAUACUGAGACUAAUGCAAGAACUGUAAACAUAGUGAAGAAUGACCAGACACAGGAAGUGAUCAGACUACAGGGGUGGAUACCUUACAAUGUCUGUAGUACCCGCUCUGGUGACCUCCUGGUUAGUAUGGUCAGUGAUGAUUAUGAACAAUCAAAAGUUGUCCGUUACUCUGGCUCCACAGAGAAACAAACCAUUCAGUUUGAUAGUGAAGGUAAACCUCUGUAUUCAUCUGGCGGCCUUAAAUACAUCAGUGAGAACAAGAACCUGGAUAUCUGUGUGGCUGAGAGUGGAGCCAGGGCAGUAGUUGUGGUUAAUCAGGCAGGAAAACUCCGAUUUAGACACACUGGUCAUCCCUCUAACAAGGGAUCAUUCCGUCCAUACGGCAUCACAACAGACAGCCAGAGUCAGAUCCUUACAUCAGACCAUUACAACCACUGUAUCCACAUCCUAGAUCGGGACGGACAGUUCCUCCGUUACAUUGAUAACUGUUGUCUACGGUAUCCAAGGGGUUUAUGUGUAGACACCAGAGACAACCUCUUUGUGGCUGAUUAUGACAGUUGUAAAGUGAUGAAAAUCAAAUACAUGUAAUCAAUGUUUUAAAAUAAUGACAUGUUUGUGAUAGAAUUUUUUCAAGUAGCCAAAAUCACAAGAUGUAGAUUAAUUCACUUUCUUCUGUUGAUGUGUGCGUGUGUGUGAAAAUAUUUUCAAUAUUAUCAAUAAGGUAUAAUAUAUAAAUAAAAAAUUCAAUUUUUAAUAAUAAUUGUUUCAGAAAUCUACCCAAGAUUGAAAUGACUUCUCAAUAAUAUAACGUUACAUUGGAAGAAAGCUUCAAUAUUUCA